AUGGCGCUCAAGGCACUCGUCGGUCAAAAGAUUAUGAAUGAGGUGGUUCGCUCUAAAACAAAAAAGGGCAAGGAGAUGGAAUGGCGUGUGCUUGUUGUCGAUCAACUUGCAAUGCGCAUGGUGUCGUCUUGUUGUAAAAUGCAUGACAUUACUGCAGAAGGAGUCACAAUCGUUGAAGACAUUCACAAAAAACGUGAGCCACUCGCCACAAUGGAAGGUGUCUACUUAAUCACGCCGUGUGAGAGGUCUGUUCAUGCACUCAUGCAAGACUUCAGCUCCCCCAACAGAACCAUGUACAAAGCGGCUCAUGUUUAUUUCACAGAAGUGUGCCCUGAAGAACUCUUCAAUGAACUGUGCAAAUCUUGUGCUGCUAAAAAGAUUAAGACACUGAGAGAAAUCAACAUUGCUUUUCUCCCAUAUGAGUGUCAGGUGUUCUCUCUGGAUGCACCUGAGACAUUCCAGUGUAUGUACAACCCACAGUUCAUCAAUACACGCAGUGCCAACAUGGAACGCAUUGCUGAGCAAAUUGCGACACUCUGUGCUACUCUUGGAGAGUAUCCAUCUGUACGCUACAGAAGUGAUUUCGAUAAGAAUGUGGAGCUGGCACAAAUGGUCCAACAGAAAUUGGAUGCAUACAAAGCUGAUGAGCCCACCAUGGGAGAAGGCCCUGAGAAAGCUCGUUCACAAUUGCUGAUCUUGGAUCGAGGAUUUGACUGUGUAUCUCCACUCCUGCACGAGCUGACAUUCCAGGCUAUGGCAUAUGAUCUCUUGCCUAUUGAAAAUGAUGUUUACAAGUAUGAAGCUACGCAAGGACAACCUGAGAAAGAAGUUCUAUUGGAUGAAAAUGAUGAGUUGUGGGUUGAGUUGCGUCAUCAGCAUAUUGCUAUUGUGUCGCAGAAUGUCACCAAAAACCUUAAGAAAUUCAUCGACUCUAAACAACGUAUGCCAACUGGAGACAAACAGUCAAUGCGUGACCUCUCACAAAUGAUCAAGAAGAUGCCCCAGUACCAAAAGGAACUAAGCAAAUACUCCACACAUUUGCACCUUGCUGAAGACUGCAUGAAAAUGUAUCAGGGCAAUGUUGAUAAAUUGUGUCGCGUCGAGCAAGAUCUGGCUAUGGGCACAGAUGCUGAGGGAGAACGCAUUAAGGAUCAUAUGCGCAAUAUUGUGCCCAUUCUUCUUGACCAAAACAUUUCAAACUAUGACAAGAUGCGUGUGAUACUUCUUUACGUCAUUUCAAAAAAUGGUAUCACUGAAGAGAACCUCACUAAAUUGGUGCAACAUGCACAAAUUUCCAGCUCUGAGAAGCAAGCCAUUGUGAAUCUGGCCAACCUUGGACUGAAUGCAGUGGUUGAUGGCACAAGAAAGAAGAUAUACAAUGUUCCACGGAAAGAGCGUAUAACAGAACAGACCUAUCAGAUGUCCCGCUGGACUCCUGUUGUAAAGGACAUCAUGGAAGACUCCAUUGAAGAAAAACUUGACCUGAAGCAUUUCCCUUUCCUGGCAGGCAGAGCAGCUACUGGCAACUAUCAUGCCCCUACCAGCAGUGCGCGAUAUGGGCAGUGGCACCGUGACAAAGGUCAGCAAGCGGUGAAGAAUGUGCCUCGCCUGAUAGUUUUCAUCAUUGGUGGAUGUAGCUUCUCUGAAAUUCGUUGUGCCUAUGAGGUUACCAACCAGGUGAAAAACUGGGAAGUUAUUAUUGGAUCGUCUCACAUUCUUACUCCAGAAGAUUUCCUUACCAACCUUUCCAAUCUAAGUUCUUAGAUUGAUGGAGUUUCUCUAUUUCAAUAUGCUGCACAUAAGCAAGAUUAGCAUGUGCUAUUGGCCUCUGGAGUUGCUUGAUGGUCUCCAAUUGCAUUCUUGUUGUUUCAGUUGUAAAUGUCAAUUUGAAUUAGAUACAUCGCUUUUCGUACUAUCCUUGCUUCUAAUUGAAGGAAAAAAAAAAAGUUUAUUAAACUGGGGUGCCUACCUCUGAACAUUAAAGAAAAGAAAUGAGCUGGCAAUCAAAUUCCCAAUAUCCAUGGUUUUCUUUUUUAAUUUGGACAUUUUCAGGCAGAUGGUGCACCAUAAUUUCUUACAACUGAGGUUUUCUUUCUGGCUCCUCUAGGAAUAUGUUUUGAUCGGAGUCUUUGCUUUGCCAAUCUCUCUUAUGUCAAAUCCAUGUCAGUUUUUAUUUGGCAUUCUAACUGUUCUGAGGAUAGCAGUGUUUAAAUAAGACCCCUGUACAACAAAAAGUGAUAUGUAAUGCGAGUAGUGAUAUUAGUUUGCUGUGAAUAUUUUUCACUAUUUGAUCUAUCCAAACAACUCUCUUUCCUUUCCAUCAGCUCUCGAGCUGGCAGUGAGAAAACGUGAUGUCUUAACCAUAAUUUGUGUAAUAUUAUUCAUACAGUUGCCGAAUAGAUUCAUAGCUGUGCCUUCUAGCUUCAGAAUUGUUGACUCCUUUCUCAAUUUUUUUAUUUAGUGAAAAUACUUCAAAUUUCUUUUGUGCUGCUUGUUUUGCAUUUAAUUUUAACCUCUGCUUAGGUGAACAUAGUAGAUAGGUUGUUUCUAUAUCACUCUUUUGCAUGAAAUGAUGUUCCAGUAAUGUUUUUUAAAGAGCACUGAAAAAUCCAUAGCUUUGUUGCUUAUUUUAAAUUUUUACUUUGCUUUGUUCAAUAUUUGUAGUUCUCCUGUACAUAGACUAUGUAAAAGAUAUUUGCUAGCAGAUCUUUCUAUACAAACAAUCUCUGUUUUGGGAUUUGUUAGUUUUUAAUGUAAAGGAGCAUUUUUGUUUGUUUGUUAAACUGUUGUAUAUAAGAUUUAUUAAAAUUUGUUAAUGUACUUCUGUUGUAAAUUACUGUGUAUGUUUUGCUUGAGUUGGUAGGGCAUUUUGAUCAGUACACAACCAGGCAAAGUGCCUUAGAGCUUGGAGUUACGGAUGUAGAUAUUCACAACCUGGGAUAAGCUAGAAGAAGACCUGCUGUCUUAAACCACUCUUAUUCACAGUGCUGCCAAAAGUGUGGACCAUCAAAAAAAUAAUUUAAAAAAUCGAUUUUCUUUGUACUUACAUUCAUUUAGUGUGAUAUGAGUAUUACAAAUAGCAAAUUUUCACUCAUGAUACAACUAAAUCUUGUACAGUCGAAAAUCUCUCUAACACAGGUUGCGACUUAUCUGGCGGUGUGUACUGUUGGUUAUCUGCUCAUUCGAACGUGUUAGCUGCCUUUGCUAAAUCAUUGUAUCUAUUAAGAGUUUAAUAGAAUUGUCAUUAAUUAAAUCUGGCAAAUUUGGAUAGGCUUUUCAUUACCUAAUUACUGCUGAUUAAUUUAUCAUUCCAGUUUUGGGUCAAGUCAAUUUUAACUAGUAUCUUGGUUUUGUAUGAAACCUUAUAUUAUGAUUCAAUUGUUAUGGUAAUCAGGAUAAACCAUUAAAAAUUUUACGGUAGAAUGUACUGUUUAGCCUCGUAGAUGAUCAGAGUGUUUUGAACAUUUCAUACUAUUUGACAGUUAGGAGUAUUAAUACUAGUAUUCUCUCAAGAUGGAGGGUAUUUUCUUAAAGUAACUUUACACCAAUGUAUUUUUCCGUUUAUAUGUAAGUCUAUGUUCAGUAUUUUCCCUGCUAUUUUAAUUUGGAUACCUGUAAAGGAGAACUAAGAAAUAAAUUAUCAUGGAGCCUUUAUGUUUGUUUGUGAAACCACUGCUAAAGUUUCUUGAAAGUGUAUCUUAAUGUCACAAUAGCUUAUUAGUUAAUCUUCUCAUCACACUUUUUUAUCUUAAAAAUCUUCAGCUUAAAAUUUUGUUUCACAAACUUUAAAGUUCUUACUGCAUAUGAAGUUUAUCAUUCUAGUACUUUCUUAUUAUUGGCUAGAAAGUUGUUAAACAGAUUAUCUCAGACUCAGAGCUGUGCCGGCAAAAUUUCAUGCCACUUAAUUCCAUGAAAACAGGUUUUGCAUCUUCUCUGAAUUGAUUCACUCUUUUCACCUUGCUCCACUGGUAAAGUUGUCUUGUGUAGUAUUAAACCUCAUCGAUGGUAACCUUUCCUAAUAUCUGAUGAUGGCUUUUCCCAAAACAAUGCUGUAGUAUGUUACCAGUGGUGAGGGAAAGAAAAUUCUGGACAGUACAAAAGUCUCUAAUGGAAACAUUGUCACUUUCAAAUGUUGCAAAGUUACAUUCAUGUGCAAUAUUACUCUAGCGUUUGUCAUUAAGUAAGUAAAGAGAUGAGUAUACCUAAUUGAAUGAUAUGUCUCAGGACACCACUUCUCCAUAUUUAUAGAUUGAAUAGAAUAGGAAGGAUGCACAUGAUCUCUUUGGAAUGGAAGGAAACCUUAUGUAAGCAUUCUUACAUUUUUUUCCCCUAUAAGCAUUGUAUUUGGCUUCUGAUACUAACUUCAAUCAUAAAUUGUUUCUUCAUGAAAGUUGCACGUGGUUUGAAGCAUACCAUGGUGCUGUCUGAAUGUGAUUGCAUGCAAGAUGAGUUUGGAAUUUUCAAAUUGUAAAUCCAUUAUCCUCAUGACGCAAUUCAUACUUAAUACUGAGCUACUUAGAUUUUUAGAAUUUGAGACAUCAGCUGACUGAUUUUGGAAAAAAAACCUCAUUUCUGUAAUUUUAAUUACUUAAAGCUUUAGUGGUGAGGCAAUGGCCCUUUUCAGUCUUAUCUUUGCAAAAUUACAUCACAGUCCCAGUAAAUUUCAAUUUCAUUUGCAAAAUCAAUCAGCUUUUUGUUGACUUAACCAAUUGUCUUGAGGAUAUACUUGGCGUCAUAUUCUAGUCAUGUAUUUAAACCAGUUGGAUUCAUUCCCUCUGUGCUGUGCAGAUCUUGAUUCAGAAAUAAAACCACUGUCUACACUA